CUUGCCUUCUCAAACCAUAGUGAGUGACCCAUUGCCAUUGGCCAGGCCCUCCAGCCCUCUGCCUGUCCGACCUGAAGAACGAGACCAUUUGGGAAAGGAGGAGAAAGAGGAAGAUGGCAAUGCAGAGGUUGGUGUGGGGACUCCUGGUCCUGUGUUUGGCAGCCGCCUCUCCCCCCAGAUACACCCGGCAAGCAGAACUAGACAACUACGGCAGCAACAACUAUGAUGUGGACAACCAGGAUGUCUACGACAAUUACGUUGGAGUUAAUGAACCACAGUUUGAGAUUGGCGCCUUGGGCCCUGGUGAUUACAUUGACCAUUCAUAUGAUGCCUCUCUGGAGGAGGAAGAAGAGCGGGAGAAGGUGAUAUAUAAAGAAGAGCAUGAGGAACGGAGAACAGCUGAAGGGAGAGAAGACAAGAAAUUGCCAAUAACACCUCAGCUUCUUCCAUCAGGCUUUGGGGAGUCAGGGACCCUGAUGGGCCCUAAUGCCCAGGGAGAGGAGGAGCUUCGCCUGACACCCACUGACACCCUUCAAAUUUCUGGGGACAUGUUGAGUUCUGAUUACACGAGCUCUGGAGCUUCUGGAGACUUGCACAGUGCUUCUGGUUCUGGAGAAACUUUGGUUUCCAUAGGUUCUGGGAGCACUGGGCAUUCUGGUUCAGACAUAAUAUUUAUUUCAGGUGGAGAGGAGGAGCUCAACCUGAAACUUGGAUUUGGGGUUUUGAAUAAUCAUGAUGUGACUGAUCCAAUUUCAUUGCUCGCUGGGCCACCUGAUGUAUUUGCCUCCGGGGUACCUGAGGUUCCUGGGGCCUCUGGGGUGCCUGAGGUGUCUGGAGAAUCUGGGGCCUCUGGGGUGCCUGAGGUGUCUGGAGAGUCUGGGGCAUCUGGGGUGCCUGGAGAGUCUGGGUCCUCCGUGGUACUCAGUGGGCCACCUGAUGUAUUUGCCUCCGGGGUACCUGAGGUGUCUGAGGCCUCUGGGGUGCCUGAGGUAUCUGGAGAGUCUGGGGCCUCUGGAGUGCCCGAAAUCUCUGGAGAAUCUGGGGAUUCUGGUGUUCUUGAGGUUUCUGCAGAGCCUGUGACUUCUGGGUUGCUUGAGGUCUCUGGAGAAUCUGGGGCUUCUGGGGUUCCUGAGGUCUCUGGAGAAUCUUGGACCUCUGGGGCGCCUGAGGUUUCUGGAGAGCCUGGGGUCUCUGGGGUGCCUGAGAUCUCAGGAAAGCCUGGGCCCUUUGGGGUGUCUGGAGAAAUUGAGACCUUUGAGGCGUCUGGAGAGUCUGGGGUCCCAGAGGAAUCGAUGGAGACUGGAAAGUCUGAGGUUUCUUUGGAGUCUGGAGAGUCUGGGAGUCCAGAGGACUUUGGGGUGACUGAGGCCCCAGAGGUCACCACUGAAAUAUUCAUUCCUGACCUAGAGGAAGAGGAGGAGAUACUCCUAACUACCCUGGCCACUCCCCAGGAGGGGACUGGGGGUGAAAUUGGUUCAGGGGUACCUGAUAUUGACAUAUUUACACCAGGUAUGUCUACAUGUGUGCUGUGUACCUGUCUGGUGGGAUCUGUAUACUGUGAUGACCUGAAGCUGGACCGUGUUCCUCCCCUCCCCAAAGAAACCACUAAUUUCUAUGCCCGCUACAAUAAAAUCUCCAGGAUCAGCAAGUCUGACUUCGCCAACCUGAAUAAACUAAAGAGGAUCGACCUGACAAGCAACGGCAUCUCCAAGAUUGAUUACGAUGCUUUCUUUGGCCUUCCCGCUUUGGAGGACUUGAUAUUACGGGUGAACAGUAUUAGACAACUGCCUGCUCUGCCACCCUCUAUGACCCUUAUUGAUGCUUCCCACAACCAGCUGGGCAGCACUGGUAUCCAGAAAGAAGCUUUCAAGGACAUGCCCGGGCUACUUUACCUCUACUUGACAGACAACGACAUAGACCACGUCCCAGUUCUUUUGCCUGACAGUCUGCGCUCCCUGCACCUACAGAAUAACAAUAUCCAGAUGAUACACGAGGACACCUUCUGCAAUCCGCAUGAUUUAAAUUACAUCCGCAGUGCUCUGGAGGACGUUCGCCUGGACGGUAAUCCCAUCAACCUCAGCAGAACCCCACAAGCCUACAUAUGUUUGCCACGUAUUCCCAUUGGUGCCCUUAUUUAAGCCGAGAAAAUUGCGCACACAAAUGCACACGUUCAAAACUCACACGUAUGCACAUGCAACAGAACUCCCCUGUGCGUACCCGUUUCUUUUUUUACACUUUAGGCUCAAGUAAAUACUUGAGAAUGAAUGGCUGUCUUUUAAAAGAGGUUUGCAUAAAUACACAAACACAGACUCGUACUCUCACAGGAGUACUGGUGGACACUCCUAACUCUACGCUGCUAGUAUUUCUACCUUUAAACACAGUACAUACACGGUUCAAAUGUGUCUCAUUAUGUAGUAAGUUUAUAAUCAUUUCUGGAUUGAUGAUGGAUCAAACACUCAUUCACACUCAACCGUACCGGUCUAACCUCAAAAAAGAAGAGCUUUCCUAAAACACAGAAAACAUGCAUCACUGUGGAACAGUCUUUUUAUUUAUCAAACACUAAUGAACCUAUCAAGAACGCGAGAUGGCAUUGAUGUACAAAUGCAAAACCUUCGUUUUUAUUGGAAAAGGCAAAAAAACAUAUUUUUGUAUGCUGUACUGGUUGCCUGUUUGGGACUUUUUUUUUAUAUGUUUGUUUUGUAAAAAAAAUAAUGAAAUACUGUUAAUAUUCAUAUAGAAU